GAACCUGUACUUACAUAUGAUUUAUAUUCACAUUGAAGAACAAUCGGAGAUGUGGAAUAUGUACUUCAAAAGGUCUGCGCUUAUUCUUUGCCCAUACUGACCAUAUUGUUGAACAAAAUAGGCGGUUCUUGAACCUCGUAUUCGUCAUAAAACUUCCUCACGUCCUAAUGUCAGAAACUACUGGAAAAUUUAUUUUUUAAUGACAGGCAUUGAAUGCAAAAAUUGAGGAGCUGGAGCGUUCCAUUCAGAGACUCUUCAAUAACACAAAAAGUUGAAAGAGAAAAGUAGUGCGGGUCGCAAAGGUGAUUCUUCAUAUAUCCCAAUACUAAUGGGUGUUGAAGACGAAAGAAAGGCAAAUGACAAAGUCCAAAAAAAUACCACUCUAAGACUGUCACUCGCAAUUACACCUUGUCCUGCAAUGAGUGAUAGUGAGGGGAGUUAGCAUGGGAACUCAUACUAUGCAUUUGACAGGGAUCAUUGUGGCCUGUUAUUCAUGCAUACUUUAUCCUCCUCUUCGCACUAAAACCACAUGCAGUGUUAGCGAUCAAACUGCGACAAACUUUUGUUGGAAUCCUUCGUAACUGUUAUCUCUUCGAAUUUCUCGGUCAUCGGUCUAUAAUGUGGAUAAAGAAUCAUUGAAUGCAUAGUUAUUUUCUUUAGAGAUUAAUAAAGUGAGAGGUUUCUCAUGAUUGUUUGAAGUAUCUGAAACAUUUGGGUUCAUAAUUUUCACCAGAAUCAUGUCCCCGGCCAUGUCACUGUCUCUGAAUAACCUUUUAUCGAUAAAACUGAUUGGCUUUUUCAUGAAAUUCGCUGGUGUCUGGACAUCGAGCAGCUCUAUGGGCGCGAGAAUCCUCAAAUUUGCAACGAUUUUUGCACUUAGCGCAAAUCUCAUCAUGGUUUUCAUCGUUCUUAUUGAUAUUUAUUACUGUCAUAGUAAUUUCGAUGAAAUAGCUAAUGGAUUUCUCAACUUUUCGAUAGCCGGAAUGUCAUCAUACAAGCUGGCUGUCAUCAUACCCAUUCGCGAGAGAUUUAUAGAUUUGAUUUCACAGGCGAAUAAGAAUUUUUGGUCGAUAACCUACGACAGAAAUGAUCUAAGAGUCAUGAAUGAGUUCAUGACUAAAUGCACUUAUAUGGUUGUGUUUAUUUCCUUCAUGUGUAUUAUGGCAUUGCUGACAUACAUGGUGGAGCCGUUCAUAUCGCAUACAAAUAAGGAUGGAAUUGACAGAAAGCUUCCCGUCAAUCUGCACUUCAGUUUCAUUCCGAUAUCCACAACGCCGUGGUAUGAAAUAUUGUUUAUAAUACAGUUUUCAUCAGGCUUUUAUUGCGCCAUAUGCUUUCUCUGCUUCGACACUUUCCUCUGUGGAAUAAACAUGACCUUAGUGGGGCAAUUCACGAUAUUGCAAACGAAAUUGCAAGCUAUUUACGAUCACACCGAGUCAACAAUGUUGGAUGAGGAUAAUAUCUGUUUACGUUUCAUUAAAUUCGUAAGGAUACAUCAGGAAUUAAUAGCAUGUGCUGAUAACGUCAGGGAGCUUUACAAGAAUUUUGUCAUAGGUUUUGUAUUUUUUCUCAGUCUCUUGAUCGGCAUGGAAUUAUUCCAAAUAAUGAUGUCUGCUGACCUGUACAUUCGCUUACGAGGGAUGUUGUACGUCUGUAAUACAACUGGUCAGUUGUAUCUCUUCACUUUUGCAUGCAAUAGUCUUGCAGAAGUGAGCUUUGAGGUAUCUAAUGCAGCUUACGGGGUUCGAUGGCACUCCAUACGAUCUGAUCGUGUAAAAAAGAAGUUGAUGGCUGGUCUCCAAAUUGUCAUCAUGAGGUCUCAGAAACCCUGUCAAAUGAUGGUGGGAAAUUUCGCGCCUGUGACGCUAAAAACAUUUACAUCUAUCUGUAAUACGGCAUUUUCCUGCCUAACUCUCAUGAGAACCAGCAUUCAAAGAGAGAAUUAACAAACAUAAAGUAUGAGAUCGAUUCCUAUAUUAAAUUCUAAUUCUUAAUCCUUAUUAAAUUAUUCUUCAAUGUAAUGGA